AUGAGCUUUUCAAAUAAUUAAGGAAUAGGAGGGAUUUAUAAUAGUUUAAAUUUAAAGGAAUCUGCUGAAUUUAAAAUAGAUUCUGAAACUUAGAUGGAAAAUCAUUAGAUAUAAUAGUCCUAAGGAGCCAUACCACUUAUACCAUUAAUUUAACAAAAAUCUGAGAAUUCAAAUUCUUCUAAAGAAAUAUAGCAAGAAUUAGAAGUUACUUAAAACAAAAUGAAAGAAAUAAGAAAUAAAAUGAAGGAAGAUAUGAUGACUUAAUCUUCAAUCUUAAAAAAAGAAUAUGAAAAAGAAAUUAUUGAUAACUAAAUUGAAAAAAUGUAAAAUAUUUAUCAGCAGUAAAUCGAAUUGCUUUCUACAAAGUGUCAAGUAUUAGAAAAGGAAUUAAAAUAUAUAACAGAAAGCAGCACUUCCAAAAUGCAAAUGCUUGAAGAUGAGAACCAAAACUUAUUGAGAGACUUAUAGGAAAAAUCGCAUGAGCUUAAUCUUGCCCUGAAAACUAUAGAUGAAUACAAAUAGUUAAUUGAGCAAUAUUAAGACGAAAGGUAAAAGAAUAAUGAUAAGAUUAAAGGUAUUGAUGAAGGGUAUAAGUUUUUAGAAACUGAAUUAACAGAGGCUAAUCAGAAAGCAGAAUAUUUCUAAAAGUAGAAGAAUAAAUACAAAAGAGAAAGAAAUGAUGUCAGAUAAUAAAUUUUAUUACUCAAGGAAGAGAAUGCCAUUUUAGAGCAGAUUAACUAAAAAUAUAAGCAGGAAAUUCAAUAUCUCACUCAAAAUUUGGCAGAGUAAGAGAUUAAGUUAGAAAAUUAUGGCACUACUGAGUAAAACUACUCUGAAUUAUAAUCAUAGUAUAUUAAAUUGAAGAAUUAGAGUGAUGAAGAUUAAUCUUUAAUCUUGCAAUAUGAAUCAAAUUUGAAGUAAAUUUAAUAAUAAUAUGAAUUACUGUAGAGUUAGUACCAAAAUAUAAUUGUUGAGAAAAAUGCAGGAGAAGACAGAUACUUGAAAUAAAUUUAAGAUUUAGAGGAAGCCCUGCAAGACACAAGACAAAACUUAUAAAAAGUUGAUAACUAAUCAGCUAAAACAAAAAAGAAAAUAUCUGAAUUACAAAACCAAAAUGACAGCUUCAAAAUUUAAAUAGAAAAAUAUUCAAAAUCUGAAGAAAUGUAUAUAACUGACAUUAAAAGUAUUUGCAGAGCUCUUGAGAAAUCUUUAAGUACACCAUCAUCCUCAGCUAAUUUAAAAACAUCUGAAAUUCCAACAGAGGCAAAUGAUUCUGAAGUGACUCCUCUAAUAUCACUCAUGAAGAACAUAGCAUAAAACAUAAAAAAAGAAAUAAAGUAAAAAGAAAGCAAUAUUAGCAAAAAGAAAGAAGCAAUUAAUUAGCUUACAUCAGAAAGAGAAAACCUAAAUCAAAAGCUAGAGCAACAAAAAAAUAUUUUUAAAGAGAAAGAACAAAAUAUGAAAAAAGAGAUUGAACAAUAAUCAUAAUAAAUAAAUGAGAUAAGCAAGACCGUUCUAAAUUUGUAGAAUGAAAAUAAUAAUUUGAAAAGAAGUCUUUCAGAUCUGCAAAUUUCUUAUCAAAAUUUUUAAGAAGUCGUCAAAGAUAAAGAAUCUGUAGUCUAUCAAAAAAUAACUCUAAGAAUGAUGAACUAUUGUUCUUGGCUCCACUCUAAAAUUGCUCAUCUCAAUUUAAUUAAGGGAAUGCUCUGGAGUAUCGCUUGCAUAUACCUAGAUAGCUCGGACUUAAUAUUAAAAUUAAAUGCAAAAUAUUGUGAUCGUUAGGAAUUGUAAGACAAUAUCAAAUAGUCAUCUACUAAGCAAUAAAAAAUUGCUAGAAGAAAAAGAAUGUAAUAAAAGCUUAAGAUAGCUUUCAAAUGCGCUUUAUUUAUAAGCUUGCUCAAGGUAAAAAAAAAUACUAAGCUACUUCUUUCUUAAGGACUGAUUUGCAAUUGGAUUACUUGUGCAAAUCGCAACAAUCAAGUUUAAUAAAACAUAGAUCAAUAUAAUUAAGACGAGCUAUUUAAAAACCCAGAUAAAUUUAUUAUGUCUAUGAAUUCAAAUAGUGAUGUGCUUAAUUUCAAAGACACGAAAAUAAAUAUAACCAGUAAUAUAAGAUUAUAACUCCUCUAACUCGAACAAUUUUAUCAUAAAUCUACUUAGGCUGAUAGGGAUUAAAUUGAUUUUUUUAAUAAAAAAAUAAAAGAAAUAUCUUCUUAGAUGAAAUCUGUUGUUGAUAGCAGGUCAGACUUCGAGGAUAGAUUAAAGUAAUAAAUAUUCUUAAAUAAAUAAUAACAAAUAACUAUACAAUAACUUCAAGGCGAGGUGCUAGAUUUACAAUUUGAAUUAAAGCUAAAAAAUAGACAUCAUAACACUCCCCAAUAAAACGCUCAUCACUCAUAAAAUUAAUCUAAUUAUUUAAAAUGA